AUGGUUAAUAGAAGUGACAUGGUUCUUUAUCUUUCCAGAUUCUUCUUAAAAUUUUUUCUCAAGUGCAAUCAGAAUUGUUUGAAAACAGCAGGAAACCCAAGAGAUAUGAGACGGUUCCAGGUUGUGCUAUCAACAACAGUGAAUGUUGAUGGGCACGUACUGGCAGUGUCUGACAACAUGUUUGUUCACAACAAUUCCAAGCAUGGACGGAGAGCAAGGAGACUUGACCCCUCAGAAGCCACACCGUGCAUCAAAGCAAUCAGCCCAAGUGAAGGUUGGACUACAGGGGGAGCAAUGGUGAUCAUUAUUGGAGACAACUUCUUUGAUGGGCUGCAAGUUGUAUUUGGAACCAUGCUUGUAUGGAGUGAGCUUAUCACGCCUCAUGCCAUUCGAGUUCAGACACCUCCACGUCACAUUCCCGGAGUGGUUGAAGUGACAUUAUCAUACAAAUCCAAACAGUUUUGCAAAGGUGCACCAGGCAGGUUUAUUUACACAGCUUUAAAUGAACCUACCAUAGAUUAUGGUUUCCAAAGACUGCAAAAGGUCAUCCCAAGACAUCCUGGUGACCCUGAAAGGCUAGCUAAGGAAAUGCUGUUGAAACGAGCUGCUGACCUAGUUGAAGCACUGUAUGGAACACCACAUAACAACCAGGACAUCAUUCUGAAACGAGCUGCAGACAUCGCAGAAGCUCUCUACAGUGUACCAAGGAAUCCUGCACAGAUCCCUGCGCUGUCUAGCUCUCCUGCUCACAGCAGUAUGAUGGGAAUUAACUCCUAUGGUAGCCAGUUAGGAGUCAGCAUUUCAGAGUCAACACAGGGGAACAACCAAGGUUACAUUCGUAAUACAAGCAGCAUCUCACCCCGAGGUUACUCCUCCAGUUCCACACCUCAACAGUCCAAUUACAGCACUUCCAGCAAUAGCAUGAACGGCUACAGCAACGUCCCCAUGUCUAACCUGGGCGUUCCAGGCUCACCUGGAUUCAUCAACGGCUCUCCAACAGGAUCCCCCUAUGGAUUAAUGUCUUCAAGUCCAACAGUUGGCUCCUCCAGCACUUCUUCCAUCCUUCCAUUCUCCUCUUCCGUCUUUCCUGCUGUCAAACAGAAGAGUGCCUUUGCUCCUGUCAUCAGACCCCAAGGGUCUCCUUCUCCUGCCUGCUCUAGUGGCAAUGGAAAUGGGUUUAGAGCCAUGACUGGUCUUGUCGUUCCCCCGAUGUAAGGAAGAGGCAGCUUUGCUCCUCUCCCUCUUCCCUUUUUUCCUCUUUUUUUCAUUUUUCUUUUACAGCACAAAACUACUUAUUGUGAUGGACCACUAAAAAGAAAAAAAUAGCACUACAAGCUCUUUUUUGGGGGAAAGCCAGGCCCAGAAAAAAAAAGGAACAUUUUUUAUGGAUUGGACAAGAUAGAAGUCUGCAUCUUUUACCUGUUUCAUAUUUCUGACACAACCACGUCAACUCCUAAAACAUUGUGAAUGAAGAAUCAGCCAGGAGCCAGGAUGAACAACAGUUGGCAGAACGGAAUCAGAAAUGCAAAGUCUUUCUUGAAAGACAUGAAACCUUCCUAAGCUUUGUAAAAUAUUAAAAGGAGAAAGAAAUUGGCAAAAUGAUUCAAGCUUGAUAUUUUGGAUACAAUUUGUUUUACUUUGUAGGGGAAAAAAGUUGAAGUUUCUAUUUUCUAUGGAGCCUUUCAGAUAUCGAUUUAGUUUAUGCAGAAAAA